AUGGAUUUUAUUCGAUCAAUUAGGUAUAUAUAUAGCAGUAUUAUUGACCUCUCCGGCAACGAUAUUAAAACGAAUAUUGCUCUUUUAAUUGCUGCCGAUGAAUUAUGUCUUAACAGCCUAUGCGAUUUUAUUGAAGAACAUCUUCUUAUAAACGAAGUUUUGCUUAAAAAGAAUUUUAUUCUCAUUCAAAGUGUCGCAUGCCAAUUUACUCAGUUUAACAGAUUGGUUCAAUUUUAUAAUAUUUCUUUUCAACAAGAACCUUCAUUAAUCUUCAAGGCAGAUGAUUUCACAGCAAUAAAACAAGAAAUCCUCCUUAUUAUCCUUGUUAAAAACGAUUUUUCUGAGAGCCCUAUUGAAGUUUGGGAUAAAUUAUUAGAAUGGUGUAUUGCACAAUCUGACGAUAAAUUACCAUCUGAUUUUACAAAAUGGACGGAAAAUGAAAUAUUAAUAUUCAAAUCAUUAAUUCAGCCUUUUAUACCACAUAUUGAUUUCAAAAAUAUUAGUCCCGCAGAUUUUUUUCACAAAAUCAAACCACUUAAAAAUAUUUUUGAAGAUGGUUUUUACAUUAAAAUACUUGAAUAUUAUUCUUUUUAUGCUUUUAGGUCUCGACCUAUAUAUAGAAGACAACAAAGUAGUAGAUAUUCAAUAGUUCCCGUAAAACCCGUAAGACGUAGAUUAAUAAAAGAGAUUAUUAAUAUAUUUUAA